CUAGGGUUUUUGCCACUGUUCCCUUCUCUCCGCAUUCGAGAUCAGGCGAUUCUUCAAUAAUGGAUACGCAGAUAAAGCAUGCUAUUGUGGUUAAGGUUAUCGGGCGAACGGGGUCGAGGGGACAAGUGACUCAAGUGAGAGUCAAAUUUGUGGACGACCAGAAUCGGUUUAUUAUGAGAAAUGUUAAGGGUCCCGUUAGAGAGGGCGAUAUUCUCACCCUUCUCGAAUCCGAGAGGGAGGCGAGAAGGUUGCGGUGAACCCUUAUUCCGAUUUUCGAUCACUAUUCGUUUUUUAAUAUUGAUUUUUUUUUUUUGGGAUUUCAUGAAGUUGAGCAUUUUGUUAAAAUGUGGACAUGUUAUGGGGAGUAGUUGUUGAUUGGAACUUAAUAAUAAUCAAUUUUGGUAUUUAU